AUGCCGCUCAUACCAGACAACGACCGCCCCCGCCGGCACAAGCACCACCACCACCACCAGCAUGCGGGCAUGAUCCCUGACGCGGACCGCCCGCCGCCAGACGUGAUGGCCCCGGACCGCAACUCUACCCACCUGCACAAGGCGCGCGACGUCGUGCGCGCGCUCGCGACCGACCGCGCGCUCCUCGACUCGGAGUACCGCUUCACGCUGAUCCGCAACUACCUCGACUUCAAGCUCACGCACCAUGCGCGCGAGGACCUCGGGCCAAAGAUGCGCAAGCUGGAGCACGAGUUCCCAGAGUACGCCGACACGUUCGAGGCAGUGCGCGCGGCGUACGACCUCCCCCUGGCUCCACACACCGAGUCGUCGCGCGCGCACUCCCCGCUCUCGUGGUUCUCGCGCACGCCGCGGACGCGCAGCCGUGUGCCGUCAACAACCUCCCUGCACCACGAGCACGAGGACGUGUUCGCGUCCAACGGGCCCGGCGCCGGCGCAGGCCUCGGCGGCCUCCUCCAGCCCCGCCCGCCGGCAUAUACCCCCGCCGAGGUGCUCGUGCCGCUCGACGUCAACGCCACAAUCCGCGAGCUGCAGCGCCGCCUCGAGGCGGAGGAGGGGGCGCGGCGCGCUGCCGAGGCGCGGCUUGGCGAGCUCGGCGUCGACGUCCCACCGCCUGCUAUCAAGGUCGACGCGGUGUAGGUAGCUAGCUGCAUGCAC